AUGUUAAACAGUGCAAUAUCACUCAGACUUCUAAGUAGAUCGUGUAUAUCACGAUCUACUAGAAUAAAACCUGUGGGUCAAGCGUUUACCCGUUCAAUUAUACCACGACUGUUUUCAACGAUACCUCGCCACUCAUUUCAUCAAUCGUGGAUCAACUUCAACAAGCAACAACAAGAUAAACAUGAAGAUGACCUAGAGAAAACUAGAAAAGAAUACGAGGCAAAAUUGAACAAAAAUUCUCAAAAGAAGGAGGAGACAGAGGAGAAGAAAUCAAAGCCAAAGGAUGAAGAGUCGAAAGAAGAAUCGAAGGAAAAGACGAAAGAUAAAGAAGAAGAGGAACAAAUACGCGAAGAGUUGAGAAAGAAAUUCAUGGAAAAGCACCCAGGAGCAGAGCCAAAAGAUUUCAAGAUUUACAAGAUCGAAUGGAAACAAAUUGCCAAUGUGAUGUUUCUCACCACUACGUCAUUAUUGCUUUGGCUUUAUAUAAUUUCUACAAUGCAAGAUGAGAAAGGGCAACAAGAGUUAUCAAUGCAAAGUUUUAUAACAAAUUAUUUGGAAAAGGGUUUGGUCACUAAGUUGACUGUGAUUAACAAGUAUAUUGUUGAGGCUCUGUUGAUACCUGGAGCUGUAAGUAGUGCCACUUUUACCAAACCCGAUGGAUCACCAGCUGUUCUGUUUACUAUUGGUUCAAUAGAAUACUUUGAAGAUGAGCUUAACAGAGUUCAAGACAGGUUAGAUAUCCCAAUGAGUGAAAGAAUACCAAUUGUUUAUGAAGAAAAGGGAUCCUGGAUGAGUUAUAUUUUGCCUAUCUUGCCAACUGUGUUGUUAAUUGGUGGGUUGUACUACUUAACAAUGAGACGUAUGCCUGGGGCCGGUGGCUCUGGCGGCGCUGGAGGUGCUGGAGGUCCAGGGGGAUUAUUCAAAAUUGGUAAAUCAAAAGCCAAGUUAUUCAACCAAGAAACCGAUGUUAAGAUAAAGUUCAAGGAUGUUGCUGGGUGUGAUGAAUCAAAGGAAGAAAUCAUGGAAUUUGUCAAGUUCUUGCAGGACCCUAAGAAGUAUGAAAAAUUGGGUGCCAAAAUUCCUCGUGGUGCAAUCUUAUCGGGACCUCCGGGUACAGGUAAGACCUUGUUAGCUAAAGCCACUGCCGGUGAAGCUGGUGUACCAUUCCUUAGUGUUUCCGGUUCAGAAUUCGUUGAAAUGUUUGUUGGUGUUGGUGCAUCUCGUGUACGUGAUUUGUUCAAGACAGCAAGAGAUAUGGCUCCAGCAAUCAUUUUUGUUGAUGAAAUUGAUGCCAUCGGUAAAGAAAGAGGUAAUGGUCGUAUGGGCGGAAAUGACGAGCGUGAAAACACCUUGAACCAAUUGUUGGUUGAAAUGGAUGGAUUUGAUACUACUGAUCAUGUGGUUGUCUUGGCUGGUACUAAUCGUCCUGAUAUUUUGGAUAAAGCAUUAUUGAGACCAGGUAGAUUUGAUAGACACAUUUCCAUUGAUGUCCCUGAUGUUGAAGGUAGAAAAGAGAUAUUCAAAGUGCAUUUGAACAAAUUGAAAUUGCAAGCAGUUGAGGAUAUCGAUAUUAAACAAAAGGAUGUUGAUUUUGCCAAAUUCCAACAAUUGAAAAACAAUGCCAUUGAACAAUUAGCUGGUAGAUUGGCCGCUUUGACACCAGGUUUUGCGGGUGCUGAUAUUGCCAAUUGUGCAAACGAAGGUGCAUUGAUUGCCGCUAGAGAAAAUGCAUCGGCUGUUGAUGUUCACCAUUUUGAACAAGCUAUUGAACGUGUUGUUGCUGGAUUGGAAAAGAAAUCAAGAAUUCUUGCCCCUGAAGAAAAGAAGACUGUUGCUUAUCAUGAAGCAGGCCAUGCUAUUUGUGGAUGGUUUUUGGAAUAUGCUGAUCCAUUAGUUAAAGUAUCGAUCAUCCCACGUGGACAAGGUGCUUUAGGAUACGCUCAGUAUUUACCAAAAGAUCAAUAUUUGACAUCAGAAGAACAAUUCAAACAUAGGAUGAUUAUGACCCUUGGUGGAAGAGUCAGUGAGGAAUUACAUUUCGAUACUGUCACGAGUGGUGCUUCUGACGACUUCAAGAAAAUCACUCAAAUGGCACAGCAAAUGAUUUUGAACUUGGGAAUGUCGGAUAAAUUGGGUCAAAUAUGUUACGAUACCGGUGAUAAUGGUAGUGGGUUUAAAGUACAUAACAAUUAUUCCGAAGAAACAGCUAGAGUAAUUGAUCAAGAAGUUAAACGUUUGAUUGAUGAAGCUUAUGUUGCUUGUCAUAAAUUGUUAAAAGAGAAAAUUGAUUUAGUAGAUCAAGUAGCUGAAGAAUUAUUCAAAAAGGAGGUUUUGACAAGAGAAGAUAUGAUUAGAAUUUGUGGCAAGAGACCAUUUUUGGAAAGAAAUGAUGCAUUUGAUAAGUAUAUUCAAGGUCAAGAUGCAUUCAAAGGUAGACCUAAAGCUUCUGAUGAUGUGCCACCGGCAGCACCGGCAUAG